AUGAGCACUCUUUCCGAACCAUGGAUCAGACAGGAAGGACGCUUUACUCCACCAGCACAGCGCGUACUACCGAUGGCAGAGCUUCAGCACCAGUCUGGGAACCUGAUAGAAGUGGACCAGAUGAAUAUGCGGUUUCUGCUGCGUCGACGAGAGUGUGUCGCACAGGGUCGAAAGCGCGGUUUGCAUCUGGUCACGGUUCUACUGGGGUAG